GGGGUCUGCAGGCUGGUGCAGAGACCAAUGGCCAAGGUCUUUCUCAAACACCGCUAGGCCAGCAGAGACCCAGAGCCCAGGGCGUUUCAGCGCUGCGACACUUUAACUUGCCGCUUUCCCUCCCAGUCCUCGUUUCGCAUCCCAGCCCGUCACGUCUGCUCGCUCACCCACCCGUCGAGACCACUCGCGAUACAUUUCAUUCUCAUUUAACAUAUCUCAAACCGUCGCUGGUCGAUUUCUCUUUCGCUUUGCGCCUCAACUUCCGUUGUUCGAACCUGGCAGGCCCUUCACCGCGCUUUCCCCUCGCGUUUCCAGAGCGCCGUUCACACCAACACGUUACCGACGUCUGACCUUCGCGACGCCAAACACCCGUUUAUAGAGGGACGUGUUGCAGCGCAGCAUGUUUCCCAACGCCCACCAUGCCCAGAUGCCCCCACCCCAGGCACGCUCUGUAGCGCCUGAGACUUUCUUAUUAGACCAGGACGCUCAGCAAAGCCUGCCGCCGGACAGCAUCGUCGCCCUGCAGCAAGUUGAUAACCGUAUGUACCGCACCGGUGUCUCAACUGCCCUCGCGCAUGGCUUUGGGCGCCCCAAUUUGAAGUACUUCCUUAUCUCAGCACCAGUCGACUGGCAACCAGACCAGUACAUCCGCAGGUUCCUCCUGCCCACAGGCGAAUAUGUUUCCUGCGUGCUAUGGAACAACCUCUUCCACAUCUCGGGUACCGACAUUGUACGAUGCCUGUCCUUCAGAUUCCAGGCCUUUGGCCGCCCCGUCAAGAACUCCAAGAAGUUUGAGGAGGGUAUUUUCUCAGACCUGCGCAAUCUGAAGUCCGGCACAGACGCGUCGCUGGAGGAGCCCAAGAGCGCAUUCCUCGACUUCCUAUACAAGAACAACUGCAUCCGCACACAGAAGAAGCAGAAAGUCUUCUACUGGUACAGCGUACCGCACGACCGCCUUUUCCUUGACGCGCUGGAGCGCGACCUGAAGCGCGAGAAGAUGGGACAGGAGGCGACCACUAUGGCGGUCAGCGAGCCUGCGCUUUCCUUCGAGUUCGAUUCCUCGCAGUCUCUUUUCGAACAGCUCACCAAGGCGCAACAAACCAACUCUUCGUCGUUCAACAACAACGUACAGCCUUCGUACCAGCACAACCCAUCGCCUGACAUGCUGUCAAGAGAGUCGAUGCCACCGCCGCAAAUGGUCCCGGUUCCUCAGCAGAUGCCCCAGCACCAGCCGCAGCCGAUGCACCACCAGCCAGUACACCACCAACCAGUACACCACCAACCAGUACACCACCAACCAGUACACCACCAGCCAGUACACCACCAGCCGGUGCAGCAUGAGGACCCCAUGGUUCAGUACCACCAGCAGAUGUCUAUGCCGCCUUCUAUGCCGCCGACAAUGCAGCCUACAGUGAUGAAGAGCCGAGAGCGCGAGUUCAGCACCUCUCUGCAGUACGACCGCAACGGUAUCCCACUCUCGCAGGUGCACCAGCGCCACAGCUCGAUGCCCGCUUACAUGGAGUACUCGCCAGCUCCUUCUUUCGUUUCUUCGCACUACGAGGACUACAGCACACGGGGCAUGUCUUUCGAGCCUCUUACCCCACCACAGCACCAGAUUGGCCUCGGUGCUGAGCCAGCUUACAUCGCCAACGAGGACACUGGUCUAUACAGCGCCAUUCCCGACCUUCCAGUACCCAACACAUUUAACCCUUUGAUGAACAUUCCUCCGUCAAAUUUGAUGGGCCCUGGCUACCCAGUGUCGAGGCCUUUCGCGCCUGGGAAUGUCUACUCCGUUAUUGAGGGUUCGCCGACCUACAAGCAGCGUAGGAGGCGAUCGUCCCUCUCUGCAGGCAUCACUGCCGCAGUUGUCGCAGCUGGCAAUGCUCACCAGGUUCACCGACAAAGCGAUCUGAGACGGUCAAUGUCGGUCAACCCUGUUCCUGAGGCCGAUGAGUCGAACCACAACUCGCCAUCGCCCAACAGUACAAGCUAUGCCCAGCCAAUCCAGGAGUCUAAGCCUCUCGUUGACAUUUCGCGUCAAGGUACACCUCUUAACACCGUUGAGGAGAGCCCUGAGCCUCAGCCGGCAAUGCUGCAUCACGACGAUCUCAACAGCAUGGUUAACGGCGAAUUAUUCGAGACACCUCUUCAGCAUAGCGCCGUUGCUCGUGCGGCAGGUGCACCCGUCUUCCGACGCGCGCGCAGUGCUACCAUGAUGGAGAUUGGUCCCUACCCUCAGAAGUCUCACUCAUGUCCCAUCCCGACAUGUGGCAGGCUCUUCAAGAGAUUAGAACACCUCAAGAGGCACGUGCGCACCCACACACAAGAACGACCAUACGUCUGCCCGCUGUGUAAUAAGGCUUUCUCGCGCUCGGACAACCUUGCCCAACAUCGUCGCACACACGAGCCCCGUCCUGACGGUGAGCCUAUUGAGGACUUCAACGAGGAAGAUCUCGAGGGUGAAGAGGAGCUCCACCUUGAGGAGGACUCCCCGACAUCCGGUAACGAGUACCUUGGCGGUGCGCACAACGUACCUGCUUCUUACGCCGACAUUCCUGGUCCCGGCUUGGGUAUGGGCGCUGCUAUGGCCACACCUCAGCAGCUGAUGGCUAGCCACUACUAGGCGGUCGCCAGCGACUGUCUUUAUUGAUGUCUUAUCACGAUACAAACAUUCGGCGCUGGGCGACCCUCGAUAGAGUGGCUGCAUUUCUUUCUUCUUUCUUAUUGAUUCCCUAGAUCAGGUUUCUUUCUUCUUUACAUUCUGGCAUUUUACGAUGUUUGCAUUGCAUCGCGUCGCAUGCAUUUUCUUCCGGUAUUGAUGUCACGAACACGAGUACCCUUUUCUUUUCGCUUAGCCUGCGCGCAGUUGUCUUUUCUCACAUGGUUGCAUAUCCUGUUGGCAUACGAGCGCUUUUCUGCAAAAUUUAUUGGACGGUACUGGCGCUGAACGCUGGUGCGCGCACCCUGAUGGUCGCUGCGUGUUUCUUGUGGAUAGGAUACCACAGUGAAGGGCGCCGCUUGAGGCGUGUGUAUAAUAUUGCAACAAUGCAGAACGCUUAUUCGCG